CAUUUUAUAUCUGAUCAAUAAAUAAUCAUACUUACAAAUAAUCAGAGUGUAAAAAACGAUUCAUUGAUGUUCCAUCUUUCUACUGAGAGGAAGUGUUUAUGGAGGCGAAACAGUCACAUACACGCACGCCGGAACACGAGCGAUGAGCCGAGCCCGUUCUAGUAGGGAGUUUACGGUAACCGGAACGGUAAACAAAUAUACGCCGCCAUGCGCAGUGCGUGCUGUACGCGAACGCGUUUCUCCCUCUGUUUUUUACAGGCGUGUUUUCAGUGCAUGUAUAUAAACAUGUAAAUCGAUUCCCUUUUAAACUGACCUGCACUACAUCUCGCUGCAUUGCAAUUCAAUGCAAUGUCAGCUGCAUGCAUGAGGGCUGCUAGAGAGCUGGAUAACCCUAGCUGAUUUGUGUGAGCAUUCAUUGAGAACGUUUCAUUGACAUUAAACAAAAGCUACCAGUAAUUGUAAUGCAUUUCUCUAAAAAAUGCUCCGUGUUUAAGGUGGUGCUCAGUGCACUUCUUAUUGUUGCAUUGUUGCAGCUCUUAUAUCUGUCUUUCCUCUCAAAAUUGCACGGCAAACAGCAGCGAUACAAGUAUUCUGAGCUCUUCGGCUCCAAAAAGACAGCAAACCAAGGAGAGAAGAACCCCAGACGGGAACAUCUCAGAUACUCGUUAUCCACAGGUGGGAUCUUCGAUGGGAGCGGACAGUACCGUGUGUAUAAAAACCUAAUCAAAAGCGACUUCUUGACCAAUCAGAAGCCAGGAGCAGAUCCCAGAUCGCACCACCUGGCUUUGGCCACGCAUACAACUAUCAACAACCUUCACCAUUUGAACGCUUUGUUGGAGCGCUGGCAGAAUCCUCUAUCCAUCGCGAUAUUCGCCAACGGCCAGGAUGUUAAGUUCGCCACAGCGUUCGUUUACGCCCUCAGCAUUUUCUGCCCACAGGUUCAAGCAUUGGUGGAUUUCCAUCUGGUUUGCCUCUCGGGUGAAAUGGCCAGUUUUCCAGACCAGGAUCGAGAGCAUUUCGCCGGUAUGGAGGAGAAGGGCUGCUCCGGCAUCUUCGCCAAGCUCGAAUCCCACCGAGACAGGUAUAAGAACUACGCCAUCGGCAGCAACGUCUCGUACCCCAACAACCUUCUCCGCAACGUGGCCCGCAGCGGCACGGACGCUGCCUACAUCCUGGUCAUCGAUAUCGACAUGAUACCCAGUGCCAAUCUGCACCACCAGUUCGUGACCAUGCUGAUGAGGCAUGAACCAGCCGCGGACGAGGUCCUCGUGCUUCCUGCGUUCGAGAUCAGACACACUCGUAAGAUGCCUGCGACCAAGUCGGAGCUGGUGCAGCUCUAUCAGGUGGGUGAGGUGCGGCCGUUCUACGAUGAGCUUUGCCCUCGCUGUCAAGCUCCCACUAACUACUCACAGUGGGUCAACCUGGCCAUCAAGAGCUCUGGGCCCCUGGAGGUGGCGUACACCAUCAACUGGGCCGAUCCGUGGGAGCCUUUCUACAUCGGUGCUCGAUCUGUUCCUCUUUAUGAUGAGAGCUUCAGGCAGUACGGCUUCAACCGCAUCAGUCAGGCCUGUGAGCUUCACGUCGCCGGUUACAGGUUCUCUGUGGUGAGCAAUGCGUUUGUGGUGCACAAAGGGUUCAAGGUCCAGGGAGAGUUUCACAGCAGAAAGGACGAGGAGAACCGGAAGAACCGCAUCCUCUUCCGCAGCUUCAAGGAGAGCCUGAAGGCCAAGUAUCCGACCUCACCUCGCCACUGCUGAGAAAACAGAUGCUAAUGAGAGAGAUCACACCGACUCCUGACCAACAUCUGCCAGACUUUAUGUGAUGCACAAAUCUCCACUCGUUUCAAAACAUGAAGAACUGUACUGUCAAAGGAGAUGUACUUGAACGCUCAUUAUUUGAUCUAUAAGCUGAGGACAUGAUCCUUCACGCUUUUAAUGAGAGAAACUAAAUAAAGAUUUUUUAUUUAUAUGUUUUUUUUUUUCGGUACAUUUGUAACUCCUUUGGGUUUUGAGGACAAGAUAUAAAUGUCUUCAAAGUUAACUUAUUUAUUAGAUUUUUUAUGCUACUUUCCAUAUCACUUUUCUGAGGUUUUACUGCAUUUUAAUACAUUUUUUCACUUUUUUCCCCCAAACUGAAGGCAAGACUCCCAUGUGAGACUUUAUUAUCAUACUUUUCUAGUUAAUUGAUUAUGUUAAGAAUUGCAUUUAAUAUUUUUUUUUUUAUAAUAUACAUGUUUUCUGAAAAACUGUGAAGGUUUAAAUAUGUAAUUAAGUAUGCAUACAUUUCCUGAGCAGAAAUGGGUAAAGCCGGAUUCAAAACUGUUUAAUUUGGUUGACGUCAGAGCCAAAUGGGUUUUUACAGAAGAUUUUUACAAAAGUGUUUAGGAAUCAAAUGUAUAAAAUCAGGUGAAUGGUAUUAUAUAAACAAAUCCAUGUAUGUGCUGCUGAAGUAUAGAGAAAAAACCCAUUUUGGGAAAAAGGCAUGUAUUGCAACUGAAAUCUACAGACACAAAUAGACAAAUUGCAAUAAACUCCAAAAGCAUAUUUGCAAUAUUUUAAAAGCAAAUUUUAAGCAUCCAAAAGCAUAUUUGGAUGUUUUCUUCUCACUAGACUGAAACAACAUGUCAUGAAGAGCCAAACAGCCCAAAAUCAGUGCAUGAAAAACUCUGUUUAAGCCUGUAGUGUCUGAGAAACGUUUCUCCCGCUAAGCAGUAGCUGAAUACUGAUGGUUCAUUACAGUACAGUGAGUCUGUACAGUAUAGUUUAUAAGAGAAAGAGUGUGGUGCAGCUGUAUCUCAUGAAGUGACUGUAACGUCACACGUGUUUGAGUUACAGUCGAGACGAGCUCUCGUAAAGACCCACAGAUUAGAUUUAAAGCUAUUAACAUAUUAAGACUUUUAUGCUAAUAAAGACUCUAAAGACGUCUGAUGAUAUUACACAACUGGGGAGUGGUGUCUGAAAAUCAUAUUAGUGUUUUAAUUAUACUGUGGAUUAGGGGUAGAUGACAAUUAAGCAACAUUGGAUUAAUGCAGGUACAGGUUUAUGGUACAAGCAGUGCAUUAUAGUGUUUAACACUGAAUGGGGUUUACUGAUUGCAAGAGUGUUAUUACUUUAAUUUUUUUAACAUUAGUCUCCAUUAAUAAUAUUUUGUUAAUUUUUGUCAAAGGAGUGUUUUGGUUAUUUGUUAGUGUUGUGUAGUAAUGAAAGCAUGAAUGUUGUGACACUGGAAAAAUGCUGUUAAUCCAGAAAACUUGUUGUGAAACUGAAAAAAAGUUUUUUUUAAGUUUUAUAAAAUUGUGAAAUGUGAACAUGUAAUUAUUUGAUUGCACAUGAUUAUGCAACUAACUCCGGAUUAGUUUUUAUUGAAUGGUGAUAUUUUGUGAAUAAUUGCUUGGUUAUUAUAUCAACUUGCUUGUUUUGUAUCUAUCUACAACAUAGUGUUCAUGCAUAUGUGAGUGCUCAACUGGUUGUAUUCUAGGUGCUUGACUGCAAGGAAAACUUAAAUGUGAUUAACAAUGUAAUUGUUUAUAAUUAAGAUAAUUAAAUAGACAUAUAUCAACUUUCAUAAAGGUGGAGAAAACACAACAACCAUUAUUUUUUAUUAUUAUUAUUAUUAUUGUUGUUGUUGUUGUUGUUGUUGUUGUUGACAGGAACAUGCAUCCAGUCAAACUCAGUGGCAUUUAAGCACAAAAAGCAUCUGUCAUUUGGCAGAAAGUAGUGAAAUUAGGCAGAUGCAUUUCAGCAAAAAUAUAGAGUUUGAUUGGAUGCACUGUAUAAUUUCACCAAAGUAUAUGAGAGACAGAACUACAUGGAAGAUUUAUGUAUUGCUGGGUCUAAAUAGUAAUGCAAUAUUUUAUGAAUGUUUGAUUUUAAGUACAAUUUCAUUUAUUUCUGAAGUAAAUUAAACCGUUUAGGUAGCCUACUUUGUUGAUGAAAUCCGGGUGCUAAAGCAAAAAACGGCAACCGCUGUUGUAGAUCAAAGCCAUUAAAAAAGUUGACCGGAAGUCGCGCACAAUCACGUAAUUUUUUUUUAACAAGUCUCAUUGCAUAGACAUAUAGUAUGUGAGUUUAUUAGUCAGUGAAGCCUACACUUCUAAACGUCCGAGUGUCAUUGCAGAAGUGAACCAGUAGGGGGCACGAAGUCUGAGUUUCAUGUUCCAGAUCACCUGUGUGGGAUCAUGUUAGUCGUAUUUUACCCGAAACUCCGUGCACUACAGCGCCUGGAUUAGUGUCUGUGUGUCUGUGUGUCAGAAGGUUUAGCUGCUCUUCACCUCCUCUGAUUAGAUCAGUCUUGAGUCUGGCAGAUCGGCGCGUUUACAACAGUAAACAGUGCUGAGGAGCGCGCAGACAAACCGUUUAUUUCGGUUCUGCUCAGUUGCUCAACGAGAUUGAACUGCCACAGUCUACUAGAUUAUUUUGCCAUCGUCCUUAAUCAUUCAGUUCUUAUCAUAAUAAAGACAUUAACGUUUCUGGAGAGACGAAUUGCGCUGUAGUGAAAUACUGACACCAGCUGACAGGGAGCGUUCUCUCAGAGUUCUUCCGGUAACGCUAACAGAACGUUCCUUUCCCGAAACAUUUAUUUGGAAUGUUCAUAUAAAAAGAAGUUCCGACAACAUUUUAAUAACUUAGCAACAUAUUUUUGUUGGCUGGGAACAAGUGUUUUAAUUUCAUAAAUGACAAUAUUUGUGCUGAUGUCAUAGUUAACAUUUAUUUAUUUAGUUUUAUUCUACAUAAUUUUAUUACCGUAUAAAGCAUCAUUAUGCAGGGAAGACUCAUAUUUUACCUGGAAGCAAA